AUGAGAUAUGCAGCUAACACUACCUCUCGCAGUCGCAGCAAUCUUUCAAACCCAGGCAUUGGCCCCUCGAGAUCUUGUAGCACAGGUGGUAGCUCUGGCUGCCGAUUUUCAAGUUCUCUUGGAAUUUGUCAACGUACAUCGGCCUCUACUUUUCAUGCAGGUGAUCUGGCCACUUCUAGGCGGCAAAACUCCAGUUCUAGUUAUCCGCGCCGACGCCGCCUUGAUUCUUCUCGCGUUCAACCAGUUGCCGUAGGAGAGGAAGAUGACGACGAAGAUGGUGACGAGGACGGUCGCUACUGCUUGUCCUCAAGUCGUGGAGCCUCGCGUGGAUCUCACGUGGAAACAGAAGAUUACGAAGAUUACGAUGAGGAAGAAGAUGAGAAGGCCUGCAAUGUCCCUGGGACCGUUCCGGGUCGUGAAUUGAGUGGGGCUCGGGGUCAGAGCUCUUCAGUCUGCAAUUGGGCCUUCUGUUCUCGUAGUCAUCGGACUGGUGUUCUCUCCGCACAUGCUCAAGGACAGGCG